AUCGCUAUAACCCCGCUGUAGGGAACGUCGUCGAUUGCGGUGGUAUUGGUGUGAACACCCCGUAGCCAGAGUUUGCUCGAAACAGGAAAAUCCGUACGGAAAAGAAGUUCCACAUCAGUAGCAGUGCGAGUAAAAAUCGGAGAAAAAAGGCUGAUCCGGAGGAAAAAGGUUGGUCUGCACCGUUCCGAAGGUGCACCCAGUGCGUGCGUGGUGAAAUAUUGCAUCCGGCAUCGUGAGCUACGGUGGAAAGAGCUAGUCGGUGCGUGUGUGGCUGACCGGCACCGGAAAGGAACUAACCUUCUCCGUGGCUGCUUGAUUGCUUGCUGUGCCUAGUGGAAGGUGAACACGUAGGCGAACAUUGCAACUCGCUGUGCUAUAUUCUGCUAGGUGCCGUGCAGUGUUUCCCAUAAAAGAGUGAAGUGCAUCACCCAAAUCUCUGUGCCCGAGGAGUGGAUCAUUUCACAUAACGAUAUAAAUGUACACCACCACCAAGAAGUAGCGUUGUGACCGGGUAAAUUACUAUUUGCAUGACAAGUGAGCAGCAUUGCUUCCACUCAGCUCACUAUAGCCACGCUACUCACUAAGCCGAGUCACGCGUGAGAAGUGGAAGAACACACUUGUUUUUUUUCUCAAUUGUGGAUGUGGCUGUGUGUGUGUGUACGUGUUCUAGGGCGUACGUGUGCGCAAUAGUGUAGAGUUUGUUUCUUUACCAGUGUGUUCGAUUGUCAUCAUGUGGGCAUAGAGGAAGUAAUACAGUGAAGAGUACAGCAGGCCGUUGAUUUAAUGCAGCAGUGUGCACGAAAGGGAGGGUAAUUUAAAAGCCGGAUGAAAGUGUGUGUAUGUGUAUUUUUUGUAAUUACAUGUGAACCGCGUUUACUGGUGAAAAAAGUUUCCUAAGCUAACGCACACACCGCAUGUGUAGUGACAAGAAGAGUCAUCAGUGAGACACCUACCUAUACCAGAUCCCGAGUGUGAACCAAGUGACGAGAAGUAGGCCGAAUAGGUUCUUCUUCUUUGGUGAAGUGUACGUGAGUUUGCUUGUGUGUGUGUCCGUGCCUGCCGUGUAGCUUGAAUUAUUUUAUUUUGCUACUAGUAAAGUUUGUGGACAUGUCAUGAGAAUUAAUCGUAUCGAAGAUAGAAUGGAUGACAACAGUUCGCUCGGUCACCAGAACGGUGGCGGAAGUGCAGUUGGCCAGCUUGGUGGAAUCGGCGGUGGAGCGGGCGGUGGCCAGAGCGGCGGAUCCGGCGGGCUCGGUGACAUGUCCAACAGUGGGGCGGGCAGCGGUUUAGUAGGCAAGGGUGGUGCGGCCGGUGGUGGCAUGUCCGGCGCCGGAAACUGUGACGAUCAGAACAACAAAACGCCGACCCAGUACUCGAUCCCUGGCAUACUGCACUUCAUACAGCACGAGUGGGCCCGGUUCGAGCUGGAACGAUCGCAAUGGGACGUGGAUCGGGCAGAGCUGCAGGCAAAAAUCGCUGUGCUGGUGGGCGAACGCAAGGGUCAGGAGUCUCUCAAGUCCGAUCUGAUCCGGCGCAUUAAGAUGUUAGAGUACGCACUGAAACAGGAACGCGCUAAAUUUCAUCGAUUAAAGUACGGUGUCGAUCCACCGAUGAACGAUAUCAAACCGCCAACGGAUGAGCCCGGUAUUGGAACGGAAGUAGCUCCCGAUCCGGAGGUACCUUACAGUUCCGUGUCGAACAUUACCUGGCGGCAGGGUAGACAGCUGUUGCGUCAGUAUUUGCAGGAGAUUGGGUACACCGAUACAAUACUAGAUAUACGCUCGAACCGGGUGCGCUCGCUGCUUGGGCUGAACAAUAACAGCGAGCAGGAGGAAAACGUCAACCCGAACGUGAACGGUGGGACGGAAUCGAACAAGCGUGCCAGCGAGUCGCAAGGGCGCCGAACGCCGGCUAAAAAACCAUCCUCUGUAACUGAAGCGAUGAUACUGGACUCGGAGGCGGCAGUGAUCGCGAACUUUGAGUUCCUGGCCCGGGAGGACGUGGAGAUGUCGGACGACGAUGAUGUGUCGGACGAGAUUGACGUCGUCGGGGACAGCGAGGACACGGACAUGAAAACGACCAAACGGAAAGCCAAAGGAAGCACCUUGAAUGACGAUAUGGAUGCGGAAGCGGAUGAAGUAAUCAAUGAGUUAAAUCCAUUAACAGAAGGUUACAAUAAAACGGGAAUCCCACGCCAUCCGACGAUACCGGGCAUUGGCAACGAUGAGGAGGUGGACUCGUCGCUCGGCGAGCUGGCCCAGCUGACGGUAAACAACGAGACGGAGUCGGCGUACGACGUGUCCAACUCGAAGGAGCCAUACCGCAAAACGUGGAACGCCAAGUACACGCUCCGUUCGCACUUUGACGGUGUGCGGGCGCUCGCGUUCCACCCGCAGGAACCGGUCCUGAUAACUGCCUCCGAGGACCACACGCUGAAGCUGUGGAAUCUGCAGAAAACUGUGCCAGCGAAAAAGUCUGCUAGUCUCGACGUGGAACCCCUGUACACGUUCCGCUCACACAACGGUCCGGUGCUGUGUCUCGCCAUGUCAGCCACCGGCGAGCAGUGCUACUCCGGUGGGCUGGACGGUGCGAUCAACUGCUGGAAUCUGCCGAGCUCCAACAUCGACCCGUACGACAGCUACGAUCCGGAGGUAAUGCGCUGCACCAUCGACGGCCACACGGACGCCGUCUGGGGAUUGGCGGUGAAUCAUGCGAAGAAUACGCUCGUGUCCUGUUCGGCAGACGGUACGGUAAAGCUGUGGUCACCGUCCGGCAAGAUCCCAACGAACAGCACCACCUUCACGUCCGAAACCGAGGGCACACCGACCUCGGUGGACUUCGUAAAGGAUCAGAUCGAUCGCAUUGUGGUGGCGUACAGCAGCACGCACUGCAUCAUUUACGACACGGAGACGGGCAAGCAGGUGGUGAAGCUGGAAGCCAGCCAGGAGAUGACGGGAAAUCUUGGCAAACACAUCAACAAGGUGAUCAGCCACCCGACGCUGCCGGUCACCAUCACGGCGCACGAGGAUCGCCACAUCCGGUUCUGGGACAAUGGUACCGGUUCGCUAGUGCACUCGAUGGUGGCCCAUCUCGAUGCGGUCACCAGCCUGGCAAUCGAUGCGCACGGACUGUACCUGCUAUCCGGCUCGCACGACUGUUCGAUUCGGCUGUGGCACAUGGACAACAAGACGUGCGUGCAGGAAAUUACGGCGCAUCGGAAAAAGUUCGACGAAAGCAUACUGGACGUCGCCUUUCAUCCCUCGAAACCGUUCAUUGCCAGUGCAGGCGCUGACGCCAUAGCGAAGGUGUUCGUUUAAAGUAUCCUCCUAACACCGGUGUGUGUGUGUGCGCGCGAGGUUAGCGAAAAGCGAGGCGGUGAAAUUGUGGACGCCGUUUAUCAAGCAAAAAAAAACCCGUAAGACUAGCGCCAACUGUGCGGUCGCAUAUGUGUGUGUGUGUGUGUAUGUAUGUUUAGUUUUUAAAUCAUUAUUCUGGUAUAGUUAUACUGCUAAAUCUGUUUGUUUUAUCCCACACUUAGACAACUGACGAUCGAAACAAUAGAAGAAGAGGCAAAGAACACACAACACUAACCCCUAACAAACGAUGUGUGAACGCAAGUGUGUUUGUGUGUGUGGCUUGGUUCCAUGUUGUUACAUAGUAUCGCUAAGCCCUGGGGGAACCAGAUAAUCGAAUAAGAUGUGAAGAAAACAACGAUUCGCAAGAAGUAUGUACGAAUGACACCGGCCCUGCAGGAGAGGGGGACACUACCUGGCAGAAGAAAAUUGGAAAGCUUAUCAUAUCAUUUCAUAAGCUCGGAAACACAUGUUUGUUACGUUGUGAGUAAUAUUGUAAUAUUGUGAGUAAUACACAUACAGUUGGUCAUUUUUCACCAUUUAUCCAAACAUCUGUCAACGUAAGCAACAACUCCGAGGUAAACCAGUAGUACGAUAGAAUGUUUCAUCCGGUUGCAUUCCAGGAAUCUCUCCCUGCCUUCUCAUGCAAUGCUGAACCAUUAUGACCGAUAGAAGUUGGAUAACUACUAUUGUUAAUUAUCUUUUUUUCUGAGUCGACUCUAGCGAGAUGGUGUAAUUUGCAAGAGACAGUCAGGCAUCUAUUCCUGUUGAAGUCGUGGGAUUCGGUUGGAGAAAGUUCAUCUGCUCUUGAAAGAAUCCCUUUAAUGUUUUCACCCAAGGAUCUGGAAGGAUCUUAUAGCACUUGACAUUCUGAUGUAGUAGGAUCUGAUCGUAUAGAAUCCCGCUGAAUUCUCCUUGAUGUAGAGAUUUUUAAAAUUUAUUUAUUAUUUGUGUGACUUAUGGUAAUUGUUGGACCUUAGCCAUUACACGCCAAGGACUGGUUUGUCCGUUUCAGUGGUAUACAUAAAGUCUAUUGAAAAGGUCGUCAAGCCAAGAAGAGGAAUAAGAUAUUCUUACACACUUUAUUGGUUAUAAGGCAUUUCCCGAUUCAAUAUCAUCUUCCGAAUGAACGAUGUCUUCAAUGAGAAAUGAGCACGAUAACUCAACUCCUAGCGUUGGGCAGUUUUGGGAGUUUUUAUCCUCUAACCCAAUCGAUUGGUUGAUUUUCCCAGUGGGUAAGGCAGGGCUUUUCAUCUCCAGGCCGGAAAAAGAGGAUUGCUUUAAUAUCGAUCCGCCUUAAACACAUACGAGACAUACUCACAAAAAGAAUAUGAGCAAUACAAACAAACUAAGACUGCACACGGCAGGACGCGGGGUUCAAAUCCCAUGCAUCCUCCCAUCCUCCCCGUUGACAAUGCUUGACUGACCCUGGUACCCUUGGUAAAUCAAGUCACAGAAAGCCAGAAAUGGCAGGCUGCAAGACCUUUCGAGGAUGUAGUAGUGCCAAGGAAGUAGAAGAAGAAAAAGCACUCUUGGGAAGAGAACACACACAUUACAAAGGCAGUACCUUCUUUAUAAUCUAUGUUCCCUUUACCAUGGAAAAGAGUUGAUCUCGAGAGUUGUUUCCACUUUGUUUCACGAUUGUUUCCACUUGAGUCGGAAUUGAAAAUUUUAAUUCGGAACAAAUGAUGGAUAUUGCUUUUCGAUGACUGACCUAAAGAUCGUUACAACACACACUCACACGCACGCACACAUACACACAAGCAAACUAGAUUUUUCGUUUGGUUAAUUUUGCAUUCUUCCUGCUUGCAAUGAAACUGCUGGCUAAAAAAAAGAAAAAUGCUGAACUUUCAUUAAGGGAAACACACAUACACACACACUCUCAUACAAGCGACGUAAAACAAAGUAUAGUAAAAACAAAUGAAACAACAAAAAUCCGAAGCGAAAUAAUGGCAUAGGAGAAACGCUAACGGAAGGAGAUUAUACCGGGUGCCGGAGCCGUCGUCGGGGACUAAGCGUGUGUAUGUGUUGAUAUAUAUAGUGUGCACCAAACGAGCAAGGGUACGAGCAAGGCGAUAAAGUCCUUUUGCACUCCCAGUACAACCACGGCACGAACAAGAAAAAAAAAACGGAAGCGAAGCAUAGAGCAUAAAUGAUGAUAAUACCUUUGCACUAGAAUUGUUAGCAUACAGUGUGAAUGGGGCAAGAUGGAAGGUGCAGGCUGACAACGUGCUGAUUUUGAUUUGAUAUUUUGGUUGCUGUGCAGAACAGACGAAACUCUGGAUCGUAUUCAAAGGAAAUAAACCGAACGCAUAGGAACGUGCUUUGCAGCAAGAAGCUCUAUUCAUUAUGGAGAAGGUAAAGCAUUCGCUGACAAAAGACCUAAAACAGGCGAAAAGAUUAAAUCUUUCCCCUUUAUUAGGCGGAUAACGGAUCGGAUCGUUACACACACACACUCACUCACACACCAAUAUAUAAAUAAAUAUGGAGAAUGCAUGCAAGUAACUCAUACUCGAGCUGAUACUAUCCUAUAAAACACAGUGGAAAUGCGUCGUCUCUACACUUUCAAAAGGGGCCCCUGAAAUGUGGAAAUAUGUUGUAAUAAUGCUGCACCAUGUACACACGAUCAACUCUCGUCCGUUUGCAAUUCAAAAAGAAAAAUUCGGAGCAAGCUAGCAAAGAAGCAAAUUACUAAUAAACACAACAUAAUGUAUCAGUCGAUCGAUUAAAGAUACGCGCAAUCAGAUGUAAUGUACAAGAGGACGUGGCGGGUGUGUGUGAGUUGUGCGCUGAUGAGGCAGGCAAAGUCCGUAUCGAGCUCGGAAGAACACGUGGGGUAGUACGAAGAAACAAAUUUAGAGUGUCGCAAGCACGCGCAUAUGAUAUAUGGAUAUGAACAAUUUGUAUUUAUUUUAUUCAACUCUUCUUCCCUUUCUCCCACACCCAGAAAACCCAAACCCAACCACACCCUCCCCCCUCCUUUCCCUCACCCCCCCCCUCCACCCACACACGCUGCAAAGAAAAUCGGAAAUAUGUUGUUAAAGAUUUUGAUUUAUUAAUAAAGCAGUAGAGUAAUUAUGAUUUCAA